CAAUCGGGAGUUAGAUGUCACACUGUUUUGGCAGCAGCAACAACCCAAUAAGUUUGUGUUUAUAAAGAAAGUGCGAAAGUGCUAAGUGAUAUAUAAAGACACUGCGAUUUAAGUAGAAUACUGAAGGACACAGUUUAAAGGAUUACAAAAAUUACAAAAAAUAACUGUAUAUUGUGAAAAAUGCACGGUUUUGUGAAGAAAAUGUUAACCAUCGCCGCGCUAAUGCUACUCUCAGUGCUCGCGACCCAAGCCAGUCCACGUUACUACAAAGUUGGCAAAUACGGCCGUUACAAUUUGGACCCAAUGCUCGCCUCCGCAUCGGAUGUGCUGCCGAUGGUACAGAGCAACAACUUCGACAUGGUGAUGGCUGACGACAAAUUCCCCAUGGAAUCCAUACAGUAUCAGAAUUUCGCCGGUUUCCAUGAACCACAAAUGGCGCCAGAGUCCGAUUUCAAUAUGGACGAAUCACAGUUCCUGCCAAAGAACACACCGCUCCGCGCACCGCAAGCUGUGUCAAAGCAGGAACGCGAAAUACGUCAGCGCAUCGAAGUAGCCGAUCCCAAGUUGGAGAAAAGGAAGAUGCUGAAGUUGAAGAAAGGCGCCUCUGUGCCACGCGGCGCUGAGGCCUAUCCAUGGGAUCAGUUCGAUUACGAUUUGUAUAGCGUGAAUCCGGCCAAUCAAAAGAACUACUAAUUGACGAAUCACUCUUAAACAGUUCUCCAAUGUUUUUGUUGUAUAUUUAUGUAUUUAUUGCCUUGUGAUAUUUUCUGUUAGCUAUUUAAUAAAAUAAAAAUAACUUAUUUAUUGUAAAAAACAAAACAAACAAACAAAUAA